CAACUUCUUGAAGAGGCAAAAAGACGAGCGCGACCCAAUCAAAGUUGCCGACAAACUUCGCAAGUUCCGACAAGUUGGACUUUUUACGUCCUACGAAGACGAGUGUCAAAUCCCGAAGCUCACUGAUUUGGAAAGAACGAAAGGGAGAAAAAUGUCACCUUUUGCAACCUGGUCAAACCUUUUGGCUCUCGGCAUUUUGCUCAUUUUCGCCACUUUGUCGUCCUCCGAGUCGGUGCGAGAGACGGAGACGUGGAUGCCCCUGAAGGCAACGCGAGCCGUCGCCAUGGCAACAGAACGGCACCAGAACCGCGAGUUGUCAGGCGACUUCGGCUUCACCGACGACGAGGAGGACGAGAAGGACGACUACUAUUACGACGACGACGAGAUGUCCGGGUCGGGCGAUGUCGCGGUGAGCGACCGAUCGGGCGAGGACCGGUCUCCCGGACGCGACUGGCCGCCCCCUACAAGGCGCCCAGACUCGGACAACGAGAUCCCGGACCGGGCGGCUCCGUCCCGUCCCGCCGACGAGGACGCGGCGCGGAACGGCAACGAGAUCCCGCCGCUGCGCAAGGGACCGCCCCGCGGGUUCGACGUGCUGAUGUCGCAAGCCGCCGACGCCCGGGACGACGUCUUCGCCAGGACCGACGUCCUCGCAGCGCUAAUCUGCGGGGGCGGCGUUUGCCUGGUUCUGGCGGUUCUGCCAAUUCUGCUCCUCGUCCACCGCAUGAAGAAGAAAGACGAAGGAAGCUACGAGCUCGCCAAGAAGCCCAUCUACACCAAGACCCCCACCGCCGAGAUUUACGCCUGACCUCCCCGCCCGCUUCCCUCUUAUUUAUUUACUUCACACGAGCUAAGCUAACUGUAGCGCCCCCGUGACGCUAAUCCGAAUAUAUUUUUAUUUUUGUACCGCCGACGUGGCCUUUGAGAUGAUGCCGUCGUUUCUUCCUUUCAGAUAUUCCAGUUGCUCCUCAUGCCCUUUUUUUUUUUUUAAUUUUUCUUUUUUAAUCCUGUCAGGAAGCUUGUGACACUAAUUCCAAUUUUUAGAAAAAACUUUUACCUUUCUGUACACUACACACACACACACACAUGCAAGUCAAAACCGUUUGACUUGGAACAAAUUUACCACUGUUGUUGCCGUCUUUGGAAAAUGGUACGAGUUAGCAUGCUAAUGCUAAAGCCUCGGUUGUUGGCGAACUGCAUCAGCUGAUGCUUAGCGAACGGUUCAUCUGUCGCUGGGUUGUUGGCUUUGUUGAGGUAAAAGAUGGAAGGUGGCAAGUAAACAUUGAGCCCCUCCCUCAAGCCACACCCUUGCUUGUGAUUGGACAAAGUAACUUGUUUGAGCUUGGGGGAGGGGGGGGGCAGCCGCUAGUUAGCGAAACCUGGAAGUGACCGGUUGAACAUCAAGCCCCACCCCCUCCUCUCACAAAAGACCAGCUCGUUUGUGAUUGGAUCAAGUGAUGCGGAACCCCCCCCCCCCCCCCCCCCCCCCACACACACACACACACUUUUGUCCAUAAGCUAGUUUUUUGUUUUUGGGGGAGGAACUUGCAGAAUGUACAUGCGUGAUGUCUGCCAAAUAUUUCAACCAAACUUUUGAGUUGGUUUGCUUGUUAGGUGGAAAUUUCUUAUCGUUGUUGUUUUCUAUUUAUGUUGGGUUUUUAGUCCUUGAACUUUGACCUACCACCACUAGCGUGCAUUGGUAGCUCGCUGCUCAGUCAUAGGUCAGUCAUCUUUGUGGAAAUUAAAAGUUAUGCACAAAAA